AUGGAUGAAAUAUUCAAAAAGUAUCACUCGGAAAAGGAUAUUGUUUCAUUGGGUAUUAGAGACGAAAUAGUCGCCAAGUUAAAAAAGAGAUCCUCGAAACCUAACCAACCUCAACAACAAGAAAGAUCAAUCAUCAUGGACCCUAUCUCACCUCCAUUAAAAGCAAAGACAAAUACUACGACUACUAGUAGUACAUCAUCAACAACAACAACAACUACAACACAACCAACUAGUAAACCAAUUUUAACAAGUAGUGCAUUAUUAAACAAUACAAAUAUUCUAUUCAACUUUGAAAGAACAAAGAGUGAUUCAUCAUCCUCUUUAUCAAAGAAACCAAAAAAAGAAAAGAUUAAAGAAUCUACAGCAACAACUACUACAGCUACCCCAACCAUUACAAGACCAUGUAAAAUAUGUAACAAAAAGAGUCAUCAAUGGAAGAAUUGUCCUACACCAGAUAUCAACAAGACAUGUACAAAUUGUAACAAGAUUGGUCACAUUGCUGUAAACUGUAAUGUUAUCAUUUUAAAUUUUAAAUCUACUAGACACCAACAACAAGAAUCAUCAUCAUCAUCAAGACCACCAAGAAAACAAUUCAACAAGGAUGAAGAAUCGAUCAAUAACAAAGAUAUUAAACAAUCACCAACAACAUCAAUGAAAGAAAAAAAACAACCAAAAGAAACAACCAAACCAUCAUCAUCACCAAUACUUUUAUCUCAACAACAAUCAAUCCCAACCAUUCCUCCUACUCCAACUACAAUUACAACGACUAUUCAAGAAACAUUAAAAUAUUCAAAAACAUUAUCAAGUGAACAAAUAUAUUUAACAGAUGGAGAUGAUCAGUGUCAUUCACUCUUUGAUAGAUUCAAUAGUGAUGACAUUGAAUUGGCCAUAGAUGAUCAAAUUGAAAUAUUAAAACAAUGCAACAUUCAUUCAAUAUGUAUCCCAAUGAAAACAAAGUCUGGCUCCAUAUUUUACACCACCGACAAUCAAAAAGUAUUGUCAAAUCAACAACCAAUAGACAAUAACAAAAUCAAUACGAUUAAACAAUUUAUUAAAAAGGCAAAUGCAGCAAAUAUAUCAACACCACUAUCAGUCAGUGUUCAAUUGGAUAAUACCAACCUAUUAAAAAAUCCAAAUUGGAAACAACAACCAGAACAAUUACAAUUGAUAUGUUUAAAUAAUAAGGAAUUUAUAGAAUAUUUUAAUAUUUUAAUUCAAGAUUUAAUUAAUAGAUUUAAACAAGAUGUUGGAGUUUUUAGUGGUAUCUAUUUUGAUAAUAUUCAAACAGACAAGGAUUCAGCUCAAUGUACAUGUCAAUAUUGUAAAGAUUCAACAACAAAUCAAGAUACAUCAUCAACAUUUAAACAAAACCUAUCAACAUUGAUUCGAAAUGGUGGAACAACAAUCAAAAAUAAUCAAUCAAUGAAUCAAAUUAUUCAUUUCCAACAAUCAAAUCAAUUUGAUUCAAAUAUUAAAUUAAUUCAUUUUAAUAAUUCAUUGGAAUUUUCAUUUUUAUCAAGAUAUAAUAGAAUGAUUAAUCAAACCAUUGGAUUAAUUAAAUUAAACAUUCAAAAGAUAUCAUUUGAUUGUUUAAAAUUUAGAUUAUUUUAUUCAAUGUUGUUAAAUGCAAAAUGUGGAGUUGAAUUGGAAAACAACAAAGAUCUUCCCAUUCAAAUUGCAAAUCAUCAAUCAAAAAUCAUUUUUAAACAAUUGAAAAGUGUAUUUGAAAAGACUAUUUCAAUGGAAACACAGGGCAAGGGAAUCAAGACAUUAAAUGAUAUUGGAUUAUUUUAUCACAAUGGUGAUAACAUAUUGGAUUAUUUUAAUUUAAUUUCCAUUUUAGAGGAUAAACAUUAUCAAUUUGAUAUUAUAGAUGAAAAUAUUACUCAAGAUAAAUUAUCAAAUUAUAAAUUAAUUAUUUUAUCAGAAUCUAAUAAUAAUAAUAAUAAUAAUAAUGGAAUAUUUAAAAAAUUAACAAAAUAUCAACAAGAACAAGGAGGAUCAAUUUUAAUAUUUGGUGAUAUUGGAUUUUCAACAACAACAAAGAAAUCAAUCUUUUCAAAUUCUAUCAAAUAUUCAAAUAUUAAUAAUAAUAAUUUGGUUAAUAAUGAUGUUGAUAUUAUUAUAAAUGAUAAUAAUAUUUCAAAGUAUAAUAUUUUAAAUUUAAUUGAUGAAACCAAUUUAAUAUCAAUUUCAUCAUUAUAUUUACCAACAAGAAAAGGUACAAGAAUUGAACCAAUUGGAAAUGAUUGUUUUAAUAUAUUAUCAAUUAAAUCAAUCAUUGAUGAUAAUUUAUCAGAAGCAGGAAUAGUUUAUGAUAAAAAACAAAGAGUUGUACAUGCUAUUCAUCCAUUAGCAAAGAUUAUGGAACAACAAUCAAAACAAGCUAUUGGAGAAAUUAUUCAUCAAUCUAUUCGUCUACUAUUACCAGAACCAAUCGUACAAUUAACCAAUGACAAUGGACAACAAUCAAUUAAAAUUGGUAUUCUACAUCAACAACAAUCAAUUUCAAAACAUCAACAUGAUCCAAUCAAUCAAUUAAUUAUUCAUCUUGUCAACUCGACUCCAAAUAUAUUUACAAAUGUUGAUAUUAGUAUAGUUUUACCAAAAUCAACAAAUGUAGAAAAUAUUAUUUCCUCUUCCUCCUCCUCUAUUCCAUUUAACCAAAAAUUACAAAUUGUAAAUUUUAAAAUACCAUUUAUUCAAGAUUUACAAACCAUUAUUAUACAAUUAAAAUAA